GAUGGAGGAAACGUCUAAAUGUGAUGUAAAGGACGAAACAAUCAACGGCAUUACGGAAGAAGAAAAACUCAAGGAAGUGGCGAGCAACAAUGUUACAACUGAACGGAAUGCUCCAGAUGGAGGAUACGGAUGGUUUAUACUUUUGGGGUGUUUUUUGAUGCAUCUGCUUCAAGUUGGACUAGCCAGAUCUUUUGGAGUUUUCUAUAUGGAUUUAAGUGAAAUGUUUCAAAGUAGCUCUGCAGUAACCGGUGGGAUUAUAUCUACUUUUAACGUAUUCAGAAUGACACUUGGUCCUGUUGCCUCCGUUGUUUGUUCUAAAUAUUCAAUUAGAAAAGUUGUUUUCAUCGGUAGCCUUGUUCAAUUUCUUGGCUGUUUCCUUUCAUCUUUUGUUGGAAAUAUUUGGCUGAUUUAUCUCUCUUUUGGAAUAUUAGGAGGAAUAGGGGGUGCAUUCAUCUUCACGCCAUCUUAUCUCAUUCUGACGCAAUAUUUCGACAAAAAAAGAGGUAAAGCAAUGGCAUGGGCUACAAUAGGCAGUGGAUUUGGAAUGCUUGUCCAGGCCAACCUUAUCAAUUACCUCCUUGACACGUAUUCAUACAGAGGAGCUAUGCUAAUAACAUCGGCAAUUCUAUUAAACUGUUGCGUAGGGGCAGCACUAUACAGACCAUUGCAUACGGACAUAAAUACGAAAAAAGUCACAUCAAAGCUUUUUAACUUUUCAAUCCUCAAGAAUAUCUAUUUCAUAGUUUAUGCUCUCGUCAUCAUUUCAAUGCCAAUUAUGAUACAAACCAUUCUUACAUUUUUGGCAGAUUUUAUAAAAGAACACUGUGGCGUUAGUGGAACAAAAGCCUCACUCCUCUUAUCAAUUACAGGAUUAUCCGAUAUGAUAGGAAGAUUCUUUUUUGGCUUCCUUUUUGAUUUAGCAUUCUUUAGACGAUUUGGUUUGAUUAAACUUGAAUCAUUACUAGGGAUAGUUAUUUCUAUUACAGCAGCAUUAUUUCACCUGUCAACGCAAUAUUGGCUGUUGAUGAUUAUAGGUAUCGUAUGGGGAAUAUUUGAAGGUGGAUUUCAUUCUCAAAGAACAACAAUCCUAUUAGAGAUUGUAAAGCCUGAUGAAAUUUCUCAAGCCACAGGAUUUUCAAUAUUCUUUCAGAGUAUUGGCAAUUUGAUAGGCGUGUUCAUUGGAGGUUCUCUUAGGGAUCUGACAGGAUCCUACUUUUAUACAUUUCUAUUUGCUGCGUUAGUUUUUGGCCUAUCAAACAUUCUUUUACUGUUAACCUCAACGUUUAAGAAAAAGCUAUCAUUUCUAAAUUGUACUAAACAAGAAAAUAAUUGUAAAGAUAGAUUUGAAAUUGCUUAUAAAGACUAAAAAAACGGCCUUUUUACUUAACUCCAAUUUGUUUUAAAAUAAGACUGAGAAGUAAAAAUCCUUCUUCGUAAAGGAUAAAAUACCUAAUUAAUGAAGACUAAAUACAAUGAAAUCUGUCUGAAAACUAGAUCAUUUCGUUUCCUUCAGAUUGUAUAAUAAAUUAGUUUUGUCGUUGUUUUUUCAUUCCUUUUUUGUUAUUUUUAAAGUAACAAAUCAUUUAAGUUUAUGUGACAAAUUAAUUACAGACAAUUAAUUAGCAAAAUGAUUAAAACUCACACUUUGAAGUAUCUUAAAGUAGAAAUUUUAACAGGAAGUAUCCAAGGACAAGUGGAAAUAAGGGCUUUAUUCAAGAUGAUAGUCCCAUCUCUAUUCGACCUCAUAUUGCUAUUUGAUAUUAUUAUUAAAAUGUUUGAUAAUAAUAGUGAAUUUAUCUUUAUCGGAGAGUUGAAAUAUAAAAUCUAAACUUGAAAAAAAAAUGACUAAGCAAAGUCAGGUUUGAUUUGUUUCAAUCGAAAAAAAAAUAACUUGACAAAUGAUGAAACAUGUUACCUAAAAUCUGAUUGCAGACGUGACAAUGGAAAAAAGAUCAAUCAAAUAUAAAUUAACAAUAGAA